GGCAGUUCAAAUGUAUAUAUGUAGUAGCGCGCCUGCGCACUGCAGAGUUCUGCACCGUUAUGUACUUCAAUAAAGACGUGUUGAUUUAGCUGUUCAUGAGAAUCCGUUUCAAUCCUUUUCGUAAUCUAAUUCCGACGUUAAUACAUACCAAUUCUGGCGACGAGGUGGAUCAAAGAUAAUAUAUUUCUACAAUUUUAUUCAAGAAUACUGAAGUUUAUUUAUUUUUUCUCGACCAAUUCGACGAAGUCAACACGUGGCUAUCUUCAGCUAGAUUUACCUUCGACCCGUAAGUUACCAAAUUGCUUAUUAUCAUUGUUUUCUUUCCUUAUUCGAAAAUGGCAAAUGUGAUUAACGUUAACCCGUACAACGUAAAUACUGAUUGGGAUGAAUACGUUGAACAAUUGGAAGAAUUCUUUAUAGCGUCCGAUAUCACCGACGAUAGAAAAAUGGUGGCUUACAAACUAUUAAGGAACCUUUGUCUCCCAGAUAAACCUUCUUCGAAGACAUUUGCUGAUUUAAAAAGUAUAAUGAGGUCCCAUAGAAAUAAAUCAGUCAGUAUUAUUUCCGAGAGAGCGAACUUUACUCGCCGGGUACAAAAAGAAGGAGAAUCGAUUAACGAUUUUAUAGUUUGUUUAAAAUCAUUAAGUGAAAAGUGUGAUUUUGGAGAUUCCCUUGCUUCACGUUUAAGAGAUCAAUUCGUGUCGGGCUUGUACGACCCUAGGAUUCGUUCAAAUCUAUUUGCUAAAAAUGAGUCGGAAUUAGACCUUCAGAAAGCGAUCAAUUAUGCUAUUGCUAUGGAACAAGCUCUGAUUGAUGCAGGUCGUUUCAAUAAAUUGCCACUCGAAAACGAUUGUUUUAAAAUUCGUUCCACAAAGUUCUCUAACAGAAAGAAGGAGUUUAGUGAGAAUAGUCCUAGAGAUAAAACUAAGUUUGAAACAAAGAAAACCAGUACUUACAUCUGUAAAUCUUGUGGAAGCAAAAAUCAUUCCCGUGAGAAUUGUAGAUUUAGAACAUUUACCUGUAAUAAAUGUGGCAUUCUUGGUCAUAUUGCAAGGGUUUGUGGAAAAACUAAACAUUCUCAUGUGAGCAUACACCAACUAUCUCAUACUGACAAAGAUUCAAAUGAUUACUUAGAGAUAGAUAAUUCAUCUUAUUUAAAUCUUUUCAAUAUUCAAGAUGUCUCCACACCAGUUCCACCUAUUAUUCUCACUCUUUCUAUUAAUAAGAAGAACAUUAGUUUUGAAGUUGAUACUGGCUCCCCACUUUCCAUCAUUUCUGAAUCCACUUUCAACAGAGACUUAUCAUCCUUUUCUUUACAUGAGUCUAAACAUUUUCUUUGCACAUAUGGAAAUUUCAAGUUGAAUGUAUUAGGAUUUAUUAUAGUACCAGUUCUUUACAAUCGUUCUCGCCAUAAACUUCGUCUUUAUGUGGUUCGUCAUGGUAAUGCUAACCUCAUUGGAAGAGAUUGGAUUCGAGAGUUAAAGCUCUCAUGUAAAAUCAAUAGUAUUACUCCCAAGAUUCCUCAUACAAACUCUAAUCUGCUUUCUCUACUAGACAAAUAUUCUACUGUAUUUUCUGAAGGCAUCGGAUGUUCUAAAUCAAUAUUCCUUCAUUUAACGUUAAAACCAGAUGCACAUCCUAUUUUUCUGAAGCCAAGGACAGUUCCUUUUUCCCUCAGGGAUAAAGUUGAAGCAGAGUUAUCUAGGUUAGAAAAGGCUGGAGUUAUUUCUAAGAUAUCCAACAGUGCUUGGGCCACACCUAUAAUUCCAGUAGUUAAAAAUGAUGGUAGUGUUAAGAUAGCUGGACUUUUCAAUCUAACCUUGAAUAUAUUAUAAAAAUGAAUGAAGUAUUGAAUUAA